AUGCUCGAGUGGCUGGUGCUUGCAUAUCGUAAGAUGUGCAUCCGCGAGUGGGCUGUGGUAUGGCUCUCGUUUCUUGCGAUCAACCUGGUGUCGCUGGAUUUGGGUAUGCUCAUUGGAAUCGGUGUUGCAGCCCUCAAUUUUAUUCUGAACUAUAUCCAAGCUCCUGUCAUGAUCCAGGAUUAUUCGCGUGAUGCGCGGGAUAUCUUAGAGCCCUUAGUAGUUUCCAGGAAUCUUGGUUCUAUCGCGCACUUUGAGUUUCACGGAUAUUUAUUCUUCGCAUCGGUUGUCCAGCUUAUUGAGGGUGUGCAGAAAGGUGUCUACGUGCACAAGUGUAGCAACACUUCAGACAAGCAGAAGUAUCUACCGGUAUGUGCGUUAUCGCACAACAUUACCGUCGAGUGCUUGGAUGGCUCUCCAGCACCAAACUCGAAUAUUUUACCAACUGAACUUGUCGUCAUGGACUUCACUCAUGUGUCUGGAAUGGACGCAACAGCUGCUCGAGGUGCAUUCCUGAUCCUGAAAAAGUAUUGCGGAAACCAAGGGAUUUCGAUUUUGUUUGUGAAUGUACUUCCCAAGAUUCGCAAGCUAUUGUUGAAGAACGAGGUCACGAGUAAGGAGAGUUUCUAUGAUACUAUGAAUGCGGCUCUCGAGUUCUGUGAGAGCCACUUGUCCAAUGGCCGCUAG